UAUGAACAAAAAAUUAAGAAAAUAUAUAAUUUAAAUGACAGUCAAUAAGUCAAUUAUCCUUUAAAUAUUUUUAUUUUAUUUAGAAAGAAUAAAAAGAGAAAAUGUGAUACAAUUAAAUAUCAAUUUAUCUCCUUAAGAUUUAUCUGAUGAUUAUAUUGAUAAAAUGAUGGGAAUCAUUAUUGAAUACAAAUAUCUAUAAUAACUUGUUUUGAAUUUUAGAGAUUGCUCUAUUAAUGAGAAUGCUUGCCUAAAAAUAAUUAAUCAAGCUAAUCUAAUUAUUCAUUUAAAAUAACUAACAAUAGAUAUAAAAGAAAUAAAAGGAAUAUAAACAAUUUAGAUUCCUGAAACCAAACUUCGAGUGGUUGUAUAUAAACAAUGAA